AAGAUAUGAUAACUACUACAUCCAGUAAUUAAAUAGAAGAAAUUUUUAUCUCAUUCAAGUUUGUACAAAGAUAAUAACAACAUUCCGAGUAGUAUAAAUUAUAUUGCGUCUUACUUCAUAGUUGUAAAAUAUUCAAAAUAAUGUCCGAUCGAUAUAAACUAUGGGGAGGUUGUUUUGACGAAGAACCUUCUUCAGUAUUACGACGUCUAAACGACUCUCUUGGAAUAGACUCGCGGCUUUACAGAGAAGAUAUCCAAGGUAGCAAAGCGUGGGCUCAAGAACUACAGCGAAGUGGACAUCUUUCUGAACCUGACAAUGAUGCUAUACAAAAGGGACUAGAUAAAGUUGAGGAGCAAAUCGCAGAGGAGCUCUACCUUAACGGAAGACUACACGAUACUGCAGAAGACAUACAUUCCGUUGUUGAAAGACGUCUAACAGAACACGCCGGAGAAGCCGCUCUACGCUUGCAUACUGCUCGUAGUCGCAACGAUCAGUCCGCUACCGACACUAAGCUAUGGAUGAUGACCUCUCUUAAAAGAGUUCAGAACGAAAUUGUACAUCUUAUCUCGGUUCUCGUAAAACGGGCAGAGCAAGAAAUUGAUACAAUAUUUCCUGGAUAUACUCAUUUGCAACGAGCACAACCUAUCCGGUGGAGUCACUUUUUAAUGAGCUAUGCUUGGUCAUUUCGAGACGACGUGGCAAGGUUAGAAGAACAAAGAAUUCGCUUGUCAUCUUGCCCCCUCGGUAGUGGUGCUAUUGCCGGCUGUGCUUUGCCGAUUGAUCGAAAAAAAAUAGCUAAAAAUUUGGGAUUCAAAAAUGUUACACCUAACUCUAUGUUUGCGGUUGGUUCGAGAGACCAUAUAGUUGAAUUUCUCAAUUGGGCGUCAUUAUGUGGAUUACAUCUUAGUAGAUUAGCAGAGGAUUUAAUAAUCUACAGCUCUCAAGAGUUUAAAUUCAUACAGCACUCGGACCAAUUUUCUACCGGCUCUAGUCUCAUGCCCCAAAAACGUAAUCCCGAUGGCUUGGAACUUGUACGAGGAGCGGCUGGAAUUUUACUUGGAGACGCAUUCUCAUUUAGCUGUAUACUAAAAGGCUUACCAAGUACUUACAAUAAGGAUUUACAAUCGGAUAAGGAAAUCCUAUUCAGAGCAUAUGACAGAUUGCUGGAUUGCUUGAAAGUCACCGUGGGAACCGUAUCUACCAUGAAAGUCGAUGUUGAAAAGGCACGCAGUCUCUUAGAGCCCGGCAUGCUGGCGACGGACCUGGCGCACGCACUGGUACGUCGCGGCGUUCCCUUUCGUCGCGCUCAUUACCUCGUCGGUUCCGCGCUGCGGCGUGCUGCCGCUCUGGGACUCGACCUGCAGCAACUGCCGCAUUGCGAAUAUGUCGCUAUUUGCCCUGAAUUCGGCACAGAAGAGGAAAUAAAGAAAAUUUUCUCCUGGGAGUCGAGCGUAGAACAAUAUGUAAGUGCAGGUGGCACUUCCAGAAACACUGUUUUGCAACAAAUCCAAGAAUUGAGUCAAUGGUUGGAAGGCAACAAUACAACUUGCGAUUUUAAAUAAAAGCAUUUAUACAACGCCUUACAGAACGCCUAAUCUCAUCUUUUUUUUUACAUUCAGUGUGAAAUUUAAUAGUUUUGGGUAGUAGUGACUUAAGGUAGUAAGUAGCCACUAAUUAAAAGGCGAUCUAUUUACUCGACUGUAUGCCCCAUUAAACAUUAAUAAAAAAUAUAACCAUCAA